UUAUGUAAGUUCCAACAGGGUCAACAACGAAAAGAUCAAUUCAACUCAGCAAUAAGAGCGAUGUCAUAUAGACAAAUACAAAUACACAUAACAACGUUUGAAAUGAUAAUAAAUGACAUAUUAUGUUAUUAUUUAAAACUAAAACCAAUGUGACAAGUGGAAAUAGAAGUUGUUGCACAUUGCGUGUGAAUGACGUAGAUACAGUCUUUAUAGGUCUUUUUAGGCCCACACAAAUAAAAAACUAAUAAAUAUAGACAAUUGUUUUUGGUUUUAAUUUCUGGUACUUUACUAUAGGUACAGGUUCUGCCUUUUACUCCAUAUACACAGGACAGACAGACAGAAAGACACUUUAUUGAUCCGGAUGGAAAUGUAGGGGCCUAACAAAUAAAGAAAAUCAAAUAGGGGUAAAUCUGACAAACAUGAAAAGCCAAAGUGAUGAGGCUCAAACCGAAGUAAACAGGUUAUUACACAUCGUCAGAGGUUGUUGCAGCGGAACAAUGACGCAGAUAAAGUCUUUAUAGGUCAAGAACAUGUUUUUCCAACAAAACAUCCUCACACAAGCCAAAUAAGUGCUGGAUCAUUCACAGGAGCAGAGCUGCUAUAAAUAAAGCGUCGGUCCUGACUGGCUACGCGCAAAAGAGUCGGAAGAGGGCAGAGUGAUAGUAGGAGGGCCUCUCUCUCUCUCUCUCUCUCCCUCCUUUGAACCUGAGCCAUCUCACUCCAGCAUUCAUGCCGUUUCCACCAAUAGGCCCAAUGAGCUGACUGCGCACCACCCACUAUCUGUGUGUGUGUGUGUAUGUGUGUGUGUGUGUGUGUGUGUGUAUUUUUUUCUCCUCCUCCGUUCCCCUUCUGUUUUUUCCGAGCAGAGCUGGAUGUGUAGACCGUCACAUGUUGUUCACCCUCCUCCUCCUCCUCCUCAGUCCGGACACCGGGAGACAUGUGUUAUUUAUCGCUCAGCUGUGCCACGGGAAGAACGGACGCUCGAACGGCUCUGGAAACUCCGGAGGAUUAAAAUCCAAAAAAAGACAAAUCAAAACAUCAACAACAAGCUCGAGCGUUUCUCCGGUAACUCGAGGAACGAGCAGCGGCGGCUUUUGUGUCUGAGCGCCGAGGACUAGAGAUGGCGAGUCCGCCUCACGCCGGAGAGCAGCCGUCGGCGCCGAGCAGCGACGUGAAGAAGAGCGGAUACCUGAAGAAGCAGAAACACGGACACAAACGCUUUUUCGUCCUGAAGGAGCCGAGCGAGGGCUGCCCGGCGCGGCUGGAGUACUACGAGAGCGAGAAGAAAUGGAGAAACAAAUCGGCCGCGAAGAGAGUGAUCCCCCUCGACUGCUGCCUCAACAUCAACAAGAGAGCCGACGCCAAACACAAAUAUCUCAUCGCUCUUUACACCAAGGACGAGUAUUUCGCGGUGGCGGCGGAGAACGAGCCGGAGCAGGAGAGCUGGUACCGGCUGCUGGCGGAUUUAAUGGCCGAGGGGAAAGUCUACGACGGCUCCGCGUCCAACUCGGCGUCCUCGCUGGUUGGCUUCGACGAGGCGAGCUACGGUGUGAUCACGCCGGUCGCCGCCGCCUACAAGGAGGUAUGGCAAGUGAAUCUGAAAUCCAAGGGCCUGGGGCAGAGCAGGAAUCUGACCGGGGUGUACAGGCUGUGUCUCUCCAGCCGGACCAUCAGCUUCGUCAAGCUCAACUCGGAGGUCGCCUCCGUCGUCUUGCAGCUGAUGAAUAUCCGGCGGUGCGGCCACUCCGACAGCUUCUUCUUCAUCGAGGUGGGUCGGUCUGCGGCCACGGGUCCCGGGGAGCUCUGGAUGCAGGCUGACGACUCCGUGGUGGCGCAGAACAUCCACGAAACCAUCCUGGAAGCGAUGAAAGCCAUGAAGGAGCUGUCGGAAUUCCGCCCGCGCAGCAAAAGCCAGUCGUCUGGUACGAACCCGAUCUCUGUGCCCACACGGAGGCACCUGAACAAUCUCCCCCCCAGCCAGACCGGCCUUCCCCGGCGGUCUCGCACUGACAGCAUGGCCAUGACAUCUCCUGUGAGCAAGUUUUCCUCCUGUCGAAUACGCACUGCCAGCGAGGGAGAUGGCACCAUGACACGCCCCAUGUCAGUAACCGGGAGCCCGCUCAGCCCAGGGUUCCACAGGACCCUCCUGAGCAGAUCUCACACCAUUACAACCCACCCUUGCAGGACAUUUGAAUCUUCUUCCCUCCAGCACAGUAAGUCCAUGUCUAUGCCCCUGUCUCAUUCCCCACCCAUGGGUGCCCCUAGCCUAGCGAGCCUGUCCUCCUGCCAAGACACCGGUGCCCCUCGCCCCUCCAGUUGCAGUGCCUCCUUCUCAGGCUCACCUAGUGAUGCUGGUUUCAUAUCAUGUGAGGAGUAUGGCUCUAGCCCUGCUGAUGUACGAGACCUUAAGCUGUCGCUCACCCUCCGUAGCAACACUCCCGAGUCUCUCAGAGCUGAGACUCCCCCCUCCCGGGAUGGCAGUGAGCUUGAUGGCUACAUGGUGAUGGAGCGGCAAAAUCUGAAUGGUUACCGUCGGUUACCAGAGUUGGAAAAGGCUUAUCGAAAGCGCACAUACUCACUCACCACCCCCCGCCGGCAGAGGGCCCCUCCACAAGUAUCUUCAGCCUCCCUGGAUGAGUAUACUCUGAUGAGGGCCACAUACACCAGCAGUAGCCAGUCUUCUCGCAGGUGUCACACUGCCUCCCCUAAAGGGACCUUUCCUGAGGAUUACAGGGACGUCCAGAUCGGAUCUAAAGGUGUACAAGCUGACAGUGGCUAUAUGCCAAUGAUGCCAGGUGUGGCACCCCAGACACCAAGGUCCAAGGAUGAUCCCUACAUGCCAAUGAGCCCUAUGUGUGUUUCUGCUCCAAAGCAGAUCAUCAACCCCCGUUCACACUCCUCUUCAGCAGGGCUGGCCCCGCACACAGACUCCCCCGGGAGUGUUUCUCUGGAGGACAGUGGCUAUAUGCGCAUGUGGUGCGGAACCAAGAUGUCAAUGGAAAGUACUGAUGGAAAGCUCACAAAUGGAGAGUACUUGAAUAUGUCUCCUGUUGAUCCUCUUGUGUCUCUUACACCCCCAGACUAUAUCCUUAGUCCCUCAGGAGGAGAUCCCAACCCCCAACUUCACAGACAGCCUUAUUUUUACAGCUCUCUACCACGCUCACUCAAAGGCCUGUUGCAGCGCAAUGGGUCCACGGACACAGACCAGUAUGUGAUGAUGAGUUUACAGAGACAGCGGAUAGAAGAGGAGUCCAACUAUUGUCCUAUCUCACCAGGAGACUCUGUGGCCAACAGCUGUCCAGGGACACUGUCCUCUGCUGUCUCUCCUCUCAGACUGGCUCGGGUAGAUGGAGGCAUGCUACACCGGAGUAGGUUGUGUCGACCCACCCGUCUUGCUCUGGAAUCCCUCAGAACAUUGCCAUGUAUGAGUGAACACCCUCUUCCCUCAGAGCCUCGCAGCCCUGGAGAAUACAUCAACAUAGACUUUAAUAGUGCAACCCAUAACCCUCAGGCAUCCACUGUGUCAGAGAGCUCUGAAUCCUCUGUGAGUUUAAAGUGUGGAAAGGGGGAAUCCCUUCUACUAUCAGACUAUACCAAUGUUGAGAUCACCUCCCCAGGUCAACUUGGUUCACACAAAGCUAAGGGUUCCUCCCCGCCAGGGUGCCUAAACCACAUGCCUGAAGCCUUGACUUGUCCUCUGGUGAACACACAGCAGGGCAUGCAGGGAGGUGAGGCGGAAGAAAAGGAAAAAGGCAUAGGGGGACAGGCAGAGGAGAGGGGGAUGGUAGAGGAAUAUCCUCUCCAACAGCAGGUGAGUCUGUUGUGUCAGCCUCUACCAGUCAAGGAUGACUACACUGAGAUGACAUUCAGUCCUCCUGCCCCUCUCCCUGCUCUUUGCAGCACUGAUGCUGCUUCCCUUCCUACCAGCCCCACCUCCUGUGUCCAGAGACUUAACCUUGGGAACAGCAUUGUGGACGGGGUGCCCCAUGUCCCAGAGGACUCAUUUCUCAUAGGAGGUCCUUCAUUGUCUGUCACUCUUGUGGAUCCACACAGGGGGGCCAAAGUGAUCAGGGCUGACCCUCAGGGUCGCCGGCGGCACAGUUCGGAGACCUUUUCCUCCACCACCACUGUCACACCUGUGUGUCCAUCGUUUGCGCACGACACCAAACGGCACAGCUCUGCCUCCGUGGAGAAUGUAUCUCGGACUGUUAACAGCUCUGAGGCACCUGAUGAGGACUGUGGCAACAACAGCCCCAUGUGCAGAGAGAUGUCAGCUGGUUAUCAAAAUGGACUUAACUACAUUGCCUUAAACUUGAUGGAGGGAAGCUUUGGAGGAUGCAGGUUAGGGGGUUGUGAUGGACUCCUGAGCUUCAAGACGGCCUGUGGCUGCAAGGGAGGCAUGACUUGUUUCAACACCAGCCCCUACGCAAGCAUGGGAUUCAAGGAGACUGCUGCUGCUGUGAAAGAAUGAAGGUUGAUGGAUCCCCCUCCCCCGUCUCCCUCCCUGUCCUGUGAAUGUCGGAUUUGGCUGCAGCCAAGUGACAAGGUCGCCACAACGACAGUUGGACCAUGCGCUGCAGCUGAUGUCCUUUGACCUCUUCGCUGCCUUCAAGGUUCACAGGGACUGCCAUCACCAUGGAAACAUGGACACUUGACCCUUGCCCCAAAUCUUCCCUCCGCUUCUCUUGGCGACAACAGAUUCAGGCGCCAUCGCUGCUGUAGUACUAGAUUACUUUUGAAGAGAAAAUAACAAGAACUUAAAUGGACUACUAACUCUAACCAUAGAUAGGUAACUAUUUAUCUAUUUAUCUCUGUACGUAGGCCUGCAAAAUUAUUCUGCAGUAUAUUGUUUAUGUUAACUAUUGUUAUUACCAUUCUCACACUUUCAACUGGCUUCCUUUUGGCUUCGGCCAAUUAUCGCCAGAAAAUCUCACCUGAAAACCUGUGAACCAAACCUGGAGAGCACGUGCGCACACGCACACACACAAAGAACCUUACAUGCAUACAGAUCACAUGUAUUUAUUUAUUUAUCUAUCAUGUCUGUAUGCUGUAAAUGAAAUGUGUGUGUCAAUUUUUAUACAGAUUGUACUGCAAAAGAGGUGGCAUUUAUGAACAUAUUUAAAAUCAGAGUUAACAUUUGCUUAAACAAAAUAAGAAAACCCUACCUCAGCAAAAACCAGGUUGGUACCAAUUCACACAGUAGAAAUAUAUAUAAAAUAUUUAUUUUCGGAGGUGAAUGUUUUUUAAGAAUCACCAAUCCAAAGCCUUACUCUAACCAUCAGCCCUUGUCUGAUGGACCUUUUUUUUAGUUUGGACCUAUAAACACGCAGUAUAUCAAAGAUUUACUUGAUCAUCUUACAAGACUGAAUGUGCAUCAGAGCAGAGUGAGAGAGAGAUGGCCUCUCCGAGAUUAAGCUCCUUCUCUCCCCACACAUUUAUGACAAUAUAAUGUAUUAAAAAUCCAUAGUAAUAUAUUUAUCAAUAUGCCUGAGAUGGAGGAAUUUAACACACUAAAAGAAUUCUUACAGUGGAACUCUUGACACUGCAUUGCAUUACAUGCAAGUGUCUGAACAAUGCAGCACGAACCAGGUCUGCCUGGACCUGAGCACCUGAUCUGUGGCCUGUCUGAGCCCAACGCCCUGUCCACACUAAUACGGAUAUUUUGCUAAAUGAACUUUUCCCUCUAUGUUCAAGCAACUCGUCCACAAUCAAAUGACGUUUCAAGUCAAUAAAAAACAUUUUUACAAACGUCUUCCAAAGUGCAUGUUCAUGUGUAUCGGUGUGUGCAUGUGAAACGUUUGAUGACAACACAGCUUACUUGGCGCACACCAAUUUUGUUUUGUAUAAUGAGCAUGCACCAGAAACAUCAAUGGUGGCUAUAUACCAGUUUCAUCUACUGUUGGUUAGUACUGCUGAAUGUAAUUAAAAGUUUGCAGCUAUAUUUAGCAUCACUGCACCGGCAUUCACAGGGUUCUCUCUUACGAGAAGGAUCAUGGAUGUAGACUUUAUCGCCACCUACUGACCUGGCAUGCUUGUUUGAGUGUUUGUGAGCAUUUGAGUGUUUCGCAUUCAAGUCCGUGUGGAGAUAUUUUGUAAAACAACGGUCGUGUGGAUGGAGUUUUUUUUAUAUUUUUAUUUUUUUUAAAUGGAGGGAAAAAUAUCUGUUCAAAAAAAUAUCUGCAGUUGUGUAGACGAGGGCCAAGUCUCAGCAUCUUUAUAGACUUUACCAACUCACUGUUCACCUGUGAUAUCCUGCAGGAAGUAUAAUGACCUGUCAAGACAAGGGAUGGGCACAUGAAUGUUUGAAGUUAUUUGUAUGGAGUAACUGGACAGCCCAGUAUUGUACAUUUUCUCACCUGAUGCCUCGCUGUGGGCGUCUUGUCACACCACACCAGACAGCACUGAGCAAUGUGGCUGAAGCCGGACGCAGUCUGUCCAACGAGCCGCUCCAUAGCUUGAAUUCACAGCCUCCACUGCACGGUCUUGCACUUACAAACUUUCUAGAUUGUAAGACAAGACACGUUGAAUGUAGUACGCUAGUAACGCUGUGUUCUGAACACACGACCCAAACAAAAAACAUCUGCAACUACGGUAGUGAAACAUGCAGAGGUAGAAAAUGGAGACCAUACCACAGACUCAAGCCGAAUGAAAAGAGACAACCAGGGGAAGUAUCUUAUUAUUUAUCUGAAUUCACUGGUACCUAACCUUUGCUUCUAUGCUGUAAAUAACGCGAUGUUACAGAGAAUUACAUCCAAGCAACCGCUGUUAAGUUAAAUAACUUAUGUUGUUUGUACUGUACAUAGUAUGUGUUCGAGUGAAAUUUCUGAUAUAACAAAAGCACUAAUUAAGUUAUAUGCUAAAUUGUAUGGUUUGGCUUUGAUUUUCUCUUUUUUUAAACUGUCUUGUGAAAUGGAUGCCACUAUGAGGACAUUUUCUAAUGCUGUAAUUCUGAAAAAAAAAAAGAUUUUAAGAGAAAUCAUUAAUACUUGACAUAUUCAAAAUAAAUUCUUGUUACUACGGUACAACACAAAUGGCAUAUAUGCAAUAUUUACACUUUUAAGAAUUAGUUUACAAAGAUGUACCAAAUGUAUAAAUACUGUUAAUAAUGUUUGUUCAUACCUUAAAUCAGACUUUUGCUGUUUGUACAUUUUUUUUCUUCAAAUUUGAAAUGGAAACUUUUUUCUGGUUGUUUUUUGAGCAGUGUUUUUGCAUUUGGAUAAUGUUUCAAGUUUUUAUUCAGCAUCUAAAGGUUACGAUAUGGGCCCCGGCUUAUCUUGCUGUGUCUUUCAUUGUAAAUAUUUCAUAUCUUGCAUAUUGUGACGCUACUAAGAGAUGAUAAUUUAAACAUAGUUCAUUGCUUUAGAUUGUAUUGAUUCUUUAUAGACACAUGCAAUAAAUAAUGAUGUUAUUUA